GAUCCCAAGAUUUGUGUUGUUUCAGCUCAUUUAAAAUAAGUUUCUAAUAUAGUUCUAACAGUUUUUUCAAAGUGUUUAGCAUCAGUUGAUUAAAUUUCAACGUGAUUGGCCAAUAAAUUAAAACCAAUGAAAUCAAACGAUCAACAAAUUGAACUCUCAAGUCAAGUGGUAGUCAUUUUUCUCCAAUAGAUGCACCUUAAUCAUCGGUUCUGGCAGGGGGAGAUGGAGGUGAUGCUGGUUGUGGUGUGUCAGAUCGGGGAGGGGGCUUUGGCAGGCUAUAAAUGGCUAUAAAUGCAGCCGUUUCGCUAUGUGGAAGAACAGAAAAGAGCUCUGCUUUCAGAAGAAAACAUCAUUUCUGAACUCUCUUUGUUAGUGUUUUUUUUUAAAUAGACAUAAUAGCAUUCUCUAGACCUGUUAGUUCCAUAUGGAGAUUUGGAAACUGUCAGCAUUAAUGCUCACUUUACUCGCUCUCGCCUACAGCGUUGAAGGAUUCUCUUUCUCUCUAAACAGAGACAACUGGAUGUCUGAUAACUGGGAGGAUGAGCCGAUGGAGGAGACAUUAGCCAGUCAAGUGGCCAGUCUGUUGAAGAGAUCCAAAUCUCAUCAGUUUUAUGGGUUAAUGGGGAAACGCUCAGAAGUCCUUCAGCCUGUAAAAAUGGAGCGAAGAAGGCACAAGGGUGAUAUGUUUGUAGGACUCAUGGGAAAGAGAUCUUUAGGAGGUUCUGGCACAAGAGCAAUCCCAGAGACGAGUACAGCAAAAUCUGCAGCUCUGAACAAACGGACAGCAGAUCUGCAGGAGGAAUGGGACAGACUUCAGUACUGACGACCUCACAGACGUCUAAAAACACAGUUAUUCUUCACUCUUAACAUUGUACUCCAGGGAAACUGGGAGUAUACACACACAAGCAAAUGUCUUGCUGGGAUAUCAAAUAAAUGGCGUAAUAAAAGUAUUUAUCAAAAUGA